GUGAAGGUUGAGACCAUGACUAAUCAAAACGCUAACGAUUCUCAAAUAGAGGUGGGUAAUCAGCCGCCUGCACCACCUGGGGCAAAUGAUCAAGCACAAUUGCAUUGUGGGAAUAAGGUUUACAAAAGUGGCCCUCUAUUUUUAUCAUCAAAAGUAGGAAUUGGUUGGACGUCAUGGAAGAAGAGGUGGUUCACUCUAACAGAGACCUCGUUGGUCUUUUAUAGAAGUGAUCCGACUGUUACUCCCCAAAAGGGAGGCGAAGUGAAUUUGACCCUUGGAGGUAUUGAUCUCAACAGUUCAGGCAGUGUGGUUGUCAAAGAAGAUAAGAAGUUGUUGACAGUGCUCUUUCCUGAUGACCGUGAUGGACGAUUUGUCACACUUAAGGCUGAAACACUUGAGGAUUUGCUUGACUGGAAAGCUGCACUUGAGGAGGCUUUGGCAAGUGCACCAAGUGUUGAUUCUUUACCUGGCCAAAAUGAAGUAUCUCGGAAUGAUCAGGCCAGUGCAGUUGACCUUUCAACAGAACUGUCAAAGGAUAGAGAGCCUGCGAAGUCGUUGGUUCUUGGUCAACCAGUUUUACUUGCUUUGGAAGAUAUUGAUGGAACUCCAUCCUUCUUGGAGAAGGCCCUUAGGUUCAUGGAGGAGCAUGGAGUUAGAGUUGAAGGCAUCUUGCGACAAGCAGCAGAUGUUGAAAAUGUCGAACGUCGGAUACGGGAAUAUGAACAGGGGAAAAGUGAGUUUUCUCCAGAUGAGGAUGCACAUGUUAUUGCUGAUUGUGUCAAGUACAUUCUGCGGGAGUUACCAUCAUCUCCAGUUCCCACAUCUUGCUGCAAUGCCCUCUUGGAAGCAUUUCGAACUGAGCGUGCCACUAGAGUCAACUGCAUGCGUUCAGCCAUAUUUGAGACGUUUCCAGAGCCAAAUCGUCAUUUGUUGCAGAGGAUUCUUAUGAUGAUGCAAACAGUGGUAUUUCACAAAAUUGAGAAUAGGAUGAGCACGCCAGCGGUGGCAGCUUGCAUGGCACCUUUACUUCUUCGCCCACUUCUAGCUGGAGAAUGUGAGAUAGAAAGUGAUUUUGAAAUGGGCACUGAUGGCUCUGUUCAACUUAUACAGGCAGCUGCUGCAGCCAACCAUGCUCAAGCUAUUGUUAUCACAUUGCUAGAGGAGUAUGAUAAAUUGUUUGCGGAAGGCUCUGUAUUGCCUGAGCUAUACUCUGAUUCAGACGGUAGUAGAAGCGAGAGCGAAGAACUUUCUGAUGAUGAUGAAAGCUAUGAGGAUGAUUCACAGGAGGGCUCUGAUACUGAUGAUGAAUUUGAUCGCGAGUCCAGUGCAACAACCAGUGAGGUCGGUGAAUGUGAAGAUAGUAACAAGAGCUCUCAACUAUCUAAAUCUGGUUCGAAGUUUCCUGAAGCAGACAGCGAAGCCAGCAGGAGCUUGCUUAGAAGUCAACCUCAUACUUCUAUUCAGCAUGAUCCUGUGGAAGAGAGCAAGAGUUUUCCAGUUCAAGGCCAUGACAAUUCGAGGACGCAGGGAACUGAAUGUGGUGAACAAUUGGGAGCUGAACUGGCAAAAACAUCUUCUUCUCAAAAGUCAACAGGUGUACAAAGUGGACUUGCCCAAAGCAGUCGGCGCCCUGCUCUCUGGGGGCGCUCUCCUGCCAAGAAGAACCUCUCAAUGGAAUCUAUCCAUGUUCCUCCUGAUGAUGUGACUGAAAUUCAGAGGCUUGAGGUCAGUAAAACUGACUUGCAACUUAAAAUUGCUGAGCAGGCCAAGGGUAAUGCCCUUCUGCAAAAAAGUUUGGAGAAUCGGAAGAAUGCUUUGCAUGAGCGUCGUCUAGCACUUGAGAAGGAUGUGGCACAGCUUCAGGAGCAACUGCAGAAGGAGAGGGUGUUAAGGAAACUUCUGGAAGCUGGAGUUAACAUGUCUAUGGUCACAUCGCCUGUUUCUUCCAGUAUUAAUGGAAUGGAAGAGAUUAUGGAGACCGUUCAAGCAGAGGGAGGUAAUCUGGGAGUGCAGCAUAAUAAACACGGCGAAGAAAGUUCCACACUUCGUCCUGAUGUGGGCGAUCAACCUCAGCAGAGUCUAAAUUUACAAGGAAAAGACUGUGAUAAACAGAAGGAUGUGGAGAGUAUUGCUACUUCACAAAAUCUUGAGAAGUCAACAAGAGAUAAGCUUGAGACUUGUUCAAACAAGGCAGAUGGUGACAAGGACAUGAAUGAAUCUCAGUUGUCAGGAAAUAAACAUCUAUCUCAAAGUAAGCAAUCAGAUUCAUCAAGCAGUCCCAACUCUUCUGUAGGUUUGGUCAAUUCCUCCUCUGUGGAAGAAGUCGGAAUGGGCAGGGGCCCUUCAACCAGUAUCAGAAAUUUAGGUUCCACGAAUGAGGAACAUCAGACUCAUGUCCCAAAGGAGAUCCAAAACCUUGACAAAGGAAAUUAUGGUCAGCCUGUGCACAACAUUGAAAGAGAAAAAGAGUCGGAAUCUCACCACUCUCUGGACAAGCUUCAAGCAUCUCAAAGCCAAACAUCUGACAUGGGUGGAUCAAAUAGCCAACAAGCUCUUCAUAAACCAGAUCAAGGAACAAAAUCUUAAGUCCUUCAAUUCCUGAACGAGGAAAAUCUGAGAGCUUUCCAAAGUGAUUGGAAGAUGAUGAUCAUGUUUUUCGCGUAUGAUCUUUGAUUGGUCAGAAUUGAUUGUGAUGCCGAUGUUGCCUCAGUUGAAGUUCUGAGAAUUCCCGGAGCCGAUUAUGUACAGGUCAUCUAUCAUCUGAGGAGUAGUGCAUUUGUUGGAAACGCCACACAACCGGAUUGUGCUUGUUCUGACACAGCUGAUACUCUUUGUAUAGUUGUAUGGCUGGUAGACAGUCAAACUAGUUUUCCACUGGACUAAGCCAUAAAAUUUUCUUGCAACUCUUUCCUCCGUUGUCAAUUACAACUUGUAACGAUGUCCCUCAAAUAACUACGAUAAAAAACUUGUGGCAUUCAAUUGUAAAGGAAGUUGGAUAGAUCCACAGUAGAGAAUAUUUGGGAGACAUGAAUAUUUGGGAGACAUGAUUAUUUAGGUUCGGUGUCUUGUUUCAAAUUCAUUGCUGCAAGCAGUUUAUAGAGUAAAUUCCUCAUAUGGUCACUCAACUUAAGGAAAUUACCUAAUAAAGUCAUUUUUUUUCCUCGUA